AUGGUGUGGACGUUUCCCUUCUUUAGGAAGUUUUAUGGCAAACCCAUUGAAGUGAAUGACUGCUAUCAGUGCCCCUCAGAUGACAGGUCACAUGUUUUAGGCAAACGAUUACUAAAACAAUUCUAUAAUGUGAUGCUAUUAAAUUGGGAAAAAGAAGUAGAAAGACAUAAAAAUGGACAAAAGGCCAGACUAUUGAUGGCAGGCUUUCGCACAUUUGGCACACUUUUCAUAAACAUAGGAAUAAACUGUAUCAUAAGACUGGGCCUUCCCGUGUCGUUGGGAUAUAUGAUCCGAUCGCUGACCGAAUGGCAAAAGCAGGUGAAGGCAGGUCUGGUCAAUGAGGACACACCGUUUGAGUGGGACUCCCAUCGGGCGUAUGUCUACUACUGUGCGGCCGCCAUAUGUUUUGUGCAGUUCCUGAACGUACACAUCGGUCACCCGUACUUCUUCGUUAAGGAUCGGUUCGGAAUGCAGAUCCGAUUGGCGCUCACGUAUCUCAUGUACAAUAAAGCUCUCCGUUUGUCUAACGGUGCCCUCAGGAGUACAACGACCGGCACUAUUGUGAACUUACUGUCCAGUGAUGUCUAUCGCUUUGAUUUAGCGCUCAAUUACGUGCACUUUCUGGUGGCCGGUCCCAUACAGAUGCUGGUCAUCAUUGGUAUACUAUGGAUGCAAUUGGGUGUGUCAUGUCUGGCCGGUAUCGCAUAUAUGGUGGUGUAUAUACCGUUUCAGUUAUUUAUGGGCAGUUAUUUCAAGAGUUAUCGGUCGCUGUCACUGAAACUGACAGACAAUCGGUUGAAACUAAUGAAUGAGAUAAUCCCAGCCAUGAGAGUGAUUAAGAUGUAUGUCUGGGAGAAACCAUUUGGUCGUCUCAUAGAGUUGUCUCGAGUCCGAGAGAUCAAAGUGUUUCAGAAGACAGCGGUAUUGAAGAGCAUAAACCUGUCGUUAUAUUUCACUUCUUCUAAGAUAAUGACAUUUCUGUCUAUAAUUGUCUUCAUAUCCAUCGGCGGUGAACUCACUGUUGAGAAUGUGUUCGUUAGUAUAGUAUUGAUAAAUCAGUUGCGAUUAGUUAUGACUUUGUAUUUCCCAAACGGUGUCUCUUUCAGCGCCGAAGCACUCAUUUCUGUCCAACGACUGGAAGAAUUUCUAUUACUCGAUGAAUACGUUCCCAAACAAAUUGAAUAUUCCAAAGAAAACAAAACUGAUUUUAUCAAUAAAAAUAAUAAUAAUGAAACUGCUUAUACAGACAGUAGUGAAAAAAAUGUUGCAAACAUUAGUGUGAAUAACAUUAGUUCAGAGAUCGUUAGUAAAGAGGGAAACGUAUCGCAGAUAUUGAAUGACAUCUCGUUUGAUGUAAAACCGAAAGAACUGACUGUUAUUAUCGGUUCCGUGGGUUCGGGAAAGACAGCGGUUUUGAUGGCAAUACUCAAUGAAUUGAAGACAAAUCGUGGAUCAGUUUCAGUGUCCGGACGGUUGGGUUACUCGAGUCAGGAGUCGUGGAUAUUUCGCGGAACAGUCAAAGAGAAUAUACUCUUUGGUAAAGCAUUUGACGAAAGAAAUUCACUCGUUGUCGUAGUCUUCGUGUUGUCUGUCAUAAGAACCGUCACAUUCUUCACAGUCUGUAUGAGAUCUUCGGUGACAUUACAUAACCGUCUCUUAGAGUCCGUAAUCAGAGCUCCGAUCGCUUUCUUUGACAAAUACCCGAUCGGAAUGAUUCUCAAUCGAGUGUCACGUGAUUUAGGUAUAAUCGAUGACUUACUUCCGUCUAAUGCCUUCGAUAGCAUUCAGAUACUAAUGGAUUGCUUCGCUAUACUUGUGCUCUGCAUUCUUGUUGACUACUGGACAGUAGUUCCCACUCUUGUACUACUAGUGCUCCUUAUAAUUGUCCGACAGUUCACUUUGGGAACCAUUAGGACAUUGAAGAGAGUCGAGGGCACGGCUAGGAGUCCCACACUUAGCCAUUUGGCCUCAACGUUGAACGGCUUGACAACCAUCCGGUCAUUCGGUGCCGAAAAGGACUUCUCAGCCAAGUUUGACAGUCUUCAGGACCAGCACUCGAACACAUACUUCAUGUUUAUGACGUCCACGCGUUGGUUCGGCAUUGUGUUGGAUCAGCUCUGUCUGGUCUACGCUAUAGCCAUAACUAUCACUCACGUGAGCGGCGAUUUGAGCGCCUCGAGUGCCAGCGCUAUCGGACUGACUCUCUCGCAGGCGUUUCAGUUGACUACGAACUUUCAGUGGGGUAUUAGACAGUCGGCUGAAGUCGAGACUCAGAUGACAUCCGUUGAAAGAGUCGAUGAAUUGCGAAGAAUUGACAGAGAAUUUGAGAGUGAAGUCAAACCACCGAAAGGUAUGUGGGGUAUUAGACAGUCGGCUGAAGUCGAGACUCAGAUGACAUCCGUUGAAAGAGUCGAUGAAUUGCGAAGAAUUGACAGAGAAUUUGAGAGUGAAGUCAAACCACCGAAAGACUGGCCAUCAAAAGGACAAAUAGUGAUGAAAGACGUGAGCCUUCAUUACGAGGGAAGCGAUUCUCCAGUUCUUCAUAACAUUAAUCUUGAGAUAAAAGGCGGCGAAACUGUGGGUAUAGUCGCGGCCUGCCCGCGGCCUUUCAGCUUACUGGCGAGGCAGGCCACAAUAUCUCUAGCUGCCGUAGCUGUGGAGACGGUAGUCAAACAGAAUAAACGCUGUUUUGAACCGAUACUAUUCACAGAAACUGUGCGCAAGAAUUUGGAUCCAUUCGGUGACUGUCCGGACGAUCGCAUUUGGGAAGUGUUGGCUAAAGUACAGCUCCAGUCGACGAUCGCUGCCUUUCCCCACAAAUUGGAUCAAAUAGUGUCUGAAAGUGGCGGCAGUUUUAGUGUCGGACAAAAACAGUUGAUAUGUUUGGCGAGAGCUAUACUCAGAGACAAUAAGAUACUAGUCUUAGACGAGGCAACAGCUAAUGUCGACCCCCGAACCGAUGCUUUGAUCCAAAGUGUGAUCCGAAAUGAGUUCAGUUCGUGUACUGUAUUGACAAUCGCUCACAGAUUGCAUACAAUCAUAGACUACGACAAAGUGCUGGUUCUCGACGCAGGAGUCGUCGCACAGUUUGGUUCACCCCUUCAUCUCAUCAAUGAUAGCGACGGUAUCUUUGCUCAGAUGAUUGAGACGACCGGCAAAGACAUGGAACAGUCUCUCAGACAAACAGCUUUGAAAGCAUCCAUCAAAAAACAAAAUCAGAUCAUGGGCGAUUAA